GGUCUGGAUUCUAGCUGUGUAGCAACCCUGAGGAGCACUCGCUCGAAUAUGUGGCGUUACGCUUCAUAUAUUGUGUAUCGCUCCACAGUGCAAGUGUUCUUCUGAGGUUUUUUGGCUGGUGCCAGCCCCUGCGGGGGUGAAGAAGAGGUGCCAUGGGCUCAGGAAGAGAGGUCAAACUCCUGCUGUGGAAGAACUGGACCAUUCGCAGGAGGCAGAGGAUGCGUUUCUUCAUGGAGAUUAUGUGGCCUGUUAUGCUAUUCAUGGGGCUAGUGUGGCUGAGACGAGUGAAUCCACUCUACCGUCAACAUGAAUGCCACUUCCCCAACAAGGCCAUGCCCUCCACAGGGAUCCUGCCAUGGAUCCAGGGAAUCUUCUGCAAUGCCAACAACCCUUGUUUUCAAUACCCCACCCGGGGUGAAUCUCCCGGCCUGGUGUCCAACUACAACAACUCCAUAUUGGCUCGGUUUUACGCGGACGGCGAGGAGCUUCUUUUUAGUGACCCACAGUUUCUUCAGCUCGGGCGCCUCUGGAAAGAACUGAACGCUAUGAGUAACUUCAUGGACACCCUGCGCACCCAUCCUGAACAGGUCUCAGGCUGAGGCCUAAAGGUGGAGACUAUCCUGAAAGACGACGAGACUCUGACAUCAUUCCUGCUUCGAGACAUUCCUCUAUCAGAGUCUGUGGUGUAUCAGCUAGUCAAUGCCCAAAUCAGGCCUGAACAGUUUGCCUUUGGGGUCCCAGCCUUGCAUCUGAAGGACAUUGCCUGCAGCCCGACCCUGCUGGAGAGAUUCCUCAUCUUCCCCGGCCGCAGAGGACUCUACGCUGUUCGCAAUGCCAUGUGCAUCCUUACUCCUCAGCGGCUACAGAUCAUCGAGGACAAAUUCUAUGCUAAUAUCGACUUUUUCAAGCUCUUCAGACUGCUUCCUCUUGUGCUGGAUAAUCACUCUCAAGGCAUUGAAAUUCAACUCUGGGUGCAGGUCGUCUCUGCUGUCUCGGACAAACUGCGAGAGCUGUACCAGAGGAAUAGCUCGAGGGAGCUUCUCCAGGUCAUGACUCCUCUCUUCCAGAACAAUCUGUCCUUCAGGGAGGUGAUGGCCGCUGCCUCCAGCCUGGUAUGUGGCUACACUGAGGGCACUUUCUCCCACGUCAACUCCUUUAACUGGUACGAGGACAAUAACUACAAAGCUUUCCUGGGCAUCAGCGGCCACAGGUCACAGGGCCAGUACACAUAUGACAACGGCACCACUCCUUUCUGCAAUGAUCUGAUGAAAGAGCUGGAGUCCAACCCUGCCACCAGGAUUGUGUGGCACUCUGUCAAGCCGAUGCUGAUGGGGCGGAUCCUCUACGCUCCAGACUUGCAGGCCGCCCGGCAAAUCAUACGAAAUGCAAACACAACAUUUGAGGAGUUGGAGAGGCUGAGGACGAUGGGGAAGGCCUGGGAGGAAGUGGCUCCUCAGAUCUGGGCUUUCUUCCAAGAUGGAGUCCAAGUCAACAUGAUCCGGGACACCAUCUGCAAUCCAUCGGUGAUGGAUUUCAUUGACAGGAGUCUGGAGGAGUCCCCGUUCUCCUCCAAACACAUCCUCAACUUCCUGUACAACGGCCCACCAGAGGAGCGUCCGGCUGACGUGCCUGAUUUUGAUUGGCGGGACAUCUUCAACCUCACCGACCGGUUCAUCCGAAUGCUCAACCAAUACGGGGAUUGUGCCCUCCUGGAUAAGUUUGUGGCUGUGCCUGACGAGGACACCGUCACGUAUUGGGCCUUGGACUUGAUGGAGCAGAGCAAGUUCUGGGCGGGCCUCGUCUUUGUGAAUAUGCACACUUGGACCACCAACGUCCCGUCCCAUGUUACGUUCAAGAUCCGUAUGGAUAUUGAUGCAGUGGAGCGCACUAAUAAGGUCAAGGAUAGGUAUUGGGAUCCUGGCCCCAGAGCUGAUCCUAUGGAUGACUUCCGCUAUGUUUGGGGCGGCUUUGCUUACCUCCAGGACAUAAUAGAGCAUGGGAUCAUCAAGACUCAGACGGGAAAGGAGUGGCCACUCGGCAUUUACCUACAGCAAAUGCCCUACCCUUAUGUAGAUGAUCUCUUCAUGCUGACAUUGAACCGCUGUUUCCCCAUCUUCAUGGUUCUGGCCUGGGUCUACUCUGUGUCCAUGAUUGUGAAGAGUAUUGUCCUAGAGAAGGAACUCCGGCUGAAGGAGACCCUGAAGGCUGUGGGGGUCACCAACGGCGUCAUCUGGUCCACCUGGUUUAUUGACAGCUUCCUCAUGAUGGGCACUAGUACCGCUCUCAUCACCGUCAUCAUCAUGGGAGGAAGGGUACUGAACUACAGCAACGGCGUCAUCCUCUUCCUCUUUUUACUUACCUUCACCACGGCUACCAUCAUGCAAUGCUUCCUCCUGAGUGUCUUCUUCAACCAGGCCAACCUGGCAGCCGCCUGCUGCGGCAUCAUUCACUUUGCCCUUUACCUCCCGCACAUCUUCUGCUUCGCCUGGCAAGACCACAUCACCAAGGACAUGAAGAUCUUAGUGAGUCUGUUCUCCCAAGUGGCGUUUGGCUUUGGGACGGAGUACCUGUCGCGGUACGAGGAGCAGGGCCUGGGUCUGCAGUGGGACAACAUCCAGACCAGCCCUCUGGAGGGGGACGAGUUCUCCUUUCUCACCUCCAUCUGCAUGAUGGGCCUGGACACUGUGCUGUAUGCCGUGCUGGCCUGGUACCUGGACAAUGUCUUUCCUGGCCAGUAUGGAAUUGGUCGACCAUUUUACUUCCCCCUCCUGCCCUGCUAUUGGCUCAACAGUGUGGCUCCCGCUUCAGACAACAACAAAGUGGAGAUAGAUACAAAGGGCUGUGAUAACCUGACAAACAAAGAGCAAGGAGAGCAACAGCAGCAAGAGGAGGAGGAUAACCAAGAUCAGGAGAAAGACCAGGAGAAACCCAAGACUCUGGAAGAGACAGCGUCAUGUGAUCACCAGAAUCAGGAGGAGAAUCAGCUCAAAGACGGUCAGCCAUUCUUUGAAGCAGAGCCAGCUGGCCUGGUGAAGGGAGUCUGUAUUCAGAACCUGGUCAAGGUGUUCGGCAGUAGCUCCACACCGGCCGUGGAUGGCCUGAGCAUCAGCUUUUAUGAGAGCCAGAUUACUGCCCUUCUGGGCCAAAAUGGUGCUGGGAAGACCACCACCAUGUCCAUCUUGACCGGUAUGUUCCCUCCCACCUCAGGGACAGCCACCAUCUACGGCAAGGACAUCCGCACAGACAUGGACGGCAUCCGUCUGUCUCUGGGAAUGUGCCCUCAAUACAACACCCUGUUUCAGCAUAUGACUGUCGCAGAACAUAUCCUCUUCUACUCGCAGUUGAAAGGCCGUUCAAUCGCAGAGGCCAUGGAGGAGUUGGAGAACAUGCUGCAGGAUCUGGGUCUUCCCCACAAGAGAGAUGAACUGACCCAGAACCUCUCAGGGGGCAUGCAGAGGAAGUUAUCAGUUGCCUUGGCCUUUGUUGGUGGGGCCAAGGUGGUGAUCCUGGAUGAGCCCACUUCAGGGGUGGACCCCUACUCCAGGCGUUCCAUUUGGGACCUGCUGCUCAAAUACCGUGAAGGGCGCACGGUGAUCAUGUCCACCCACCACAUGGACGAAGCGGACCUGCUCAGUGACAGGGUGGCUAUCAUCUCUCAGGGCCGCCUCCACUGCUGCGGCUCUCCCAUCUUCCUCAAGAACUGCUUCGGCGCUGGCUUCUACCUCACUCUUGUACGACGAAUAAAAGACAAUACUCCAAAGGCCGGCUGUGUUCGUACAGAUGAUUGCUCCUGUAAAUGUUCAACGUGUUCAAAGUUUAAAGUGGACCAGGAAGAGAGCCAGCCUCAAGACAGAGAGAUGGAUGGUAACAUGGAAAGCAUCACAGCCCUGAUCCACCAUCACGUGCCACAGGCUCGUCUCAUCGAGACCAUUGGCCAGGAGAUGACCUACUUGCUGCCAAACAGAAACCUCCAGCCCAGAGCCUACGCCAGCCUCUUCAGGGAGCUGGAGGAAACCUUGGUGGACAUCGGCCUCGGCAGCUUCGGUGUGUCUGACACAUCGCUGGAAGAGAUUUUCCUAAAGGUCACUGGUAAUGGGAAUGCAACCAGCAGGAAAUGUGUACCAGACAAGAAAUCAUUGCGACAGAUCUGUCGAGCUAGUCUCUGUGGGUUCAACAGAGUGGCAGUUGAUAUGGAACCACCAAAAGAGACAGAUGGGGCUUUGCCCACCAAUGAUCAUGGCCCGUGUGAUGUCCCAGAAGGUACUGCGGGCAGGGGAUCCCACCAGGUCCGAGGGCUGAGUCUCAUCAUCAAACAGUUCUUUGCUCUGCUGAUCAAGAGGUUGCAUCAUGCAACACGCUCCUACAAAGACUUCUUUGCCCAGAUCGUACUGCCAGCCAGUUUUGUUUUCCUGACACUGACCUUCACGCUGAUUGUUCCACCUUUCGGAGAGUAUCAAAGUCUGACUCUCAGUCCCUGGAUGUAUGGAAGACAGUAUACCUUCUUCAGUAAUGAGCGUCCUAUGGAUGCUCAGAUGAGAUACUUUGGUACGGUGCUGUUGGACAAGCCUGGCUUUGGGACUCGUUGCAUGGUGGAUGAACCACUGGAAGAUUUCCCAUGCAACAACAUCACCACGCAGUGGGAGAUGCCCCUUGUAAACCCGGUCCUGAUAGAUAUGCUGGCCAGCCAAAAAUGGAACUUCCUCCAACCGUCUCCAGACUGUCAGUGCAGCACACCCAGGAAACUCACCAUGCUCCCCGAGUGUCCUGCAGGAGCUGGAGGCCUGCCACCUCCACAGAGGAUUCAGUCAACAGGAGAUGUUCUCAUGGACCUAACAGGCAGAAACAUCUCUGACUACCUGGUGAAGACCUACCCCAGCCUCAUCAGAAUCAGCUUGAAGAGCAAAUAUUGGGUGAACGAACAAAGGUAUGGAGGUAUAUCAGUGGGAGGACAGCUUCCUAUUUUACAGGUGCAGCCAAAGACCAUCCAGGAUCUAGCAGCACAGCUGGGACGACUGCUCAAUGUUACUGGGGGUAAUUGCUCCAAACAAACCCUGAAGGACAUGGGGACAUUCCUCAAGUACAUGGAGACUCAAGACAGUGUCAAGGUGUGGUACAACAAUAAGGGCUGGCAUGCCAUGGUUUCUUUCAUGAACGUGGCCAACAACGCCAUCCUGCGUGCAAACCUGCCCAAGGGAGCCAACUUGGACGAAUAUGGAAUCACUGCCAUCAACCACCCUCUCAAUCUCACCAAAGAGCAGCUCUCAGAUCACUGUGUGAGUGACCAAUGGCUGGACAUCCUAAACACCUCAGUGGAUGCAGUGGUGGCCAUCUGUGUCAUCUUUGCCAUGUCCUUCGUUCCAGCCAGCUUUGUCCUGUAUUUGAUUCAGGAGAGGGUCACCCAGGCCAAACAUCUGCAGUUUGUCAGUGGUGUCAGUCCAUUGGUCUACUGGAUGUCCAACUUUCUCUGGGACAUGUUGAACUACUCCAUCAGUGCAGCAAUGGUGGUGGAAAUAUUCAUCUUUUUUGAUAAGAAGUGCUACACCUCUCCAACCAACCUCCAACCACUUACAGGAUUUGAACAGUCCUGUAUAUCUCUACUCAUGCUUUAUGGGUGGUCUGUGACACCCAUGAUGUACCCCAUGUCCUACAUAUUCAGUGUGCCCAGCACAGCCUAGUCUCUGUCAUGCAUCAACCUCUUCAUUGGCAUUAACAGUAGUGCCCUCACCUUCAUCUUGGACCUUUUUGAGGGCACCACAGCUCUGUACAAAUUCAACCAGCUGUUAAAGUCUGUGCUGCUCAUCUUCCCCCAAUACUGCCUGGGUCGAGGUCUCAUUGAUAUGGCUAUGAACCAGGCUGUGACUGAUAUCUAUGCUCGCUUUGGUAAGUACACGUCACAGAACAGCCUCCACUGGGACUUUAUUGGGAAGAACCUAUUAUUCUGUUGAAUAUUUAAUAAUUUUCAUUGCCUUAACAUUUUGUUCCAGUAUCGCUUCUUCAUGGAUCACUGGAUAUCAGAUCGCCCAAGGCCUCCUAUUUUGGGAGAAGAUGUAGAUGUGGCAGAGGAAAGAGAGCGACUCGAUAGGAGUGAAAAAACUAACGACAUUUUACGCAUACGAGACCUGUCCAAGACAUACACUGGAACAAUCAUCCCUGCUGUGGACCGAAUCUGUGUUGCAGUAUCACCCGGAGAGUGCUUUGGCCUACUGGGGGUGAAUGGAGCAGGGAAGACCACAACAUUUAAAAUGUUGACUGGUGACAUUGAUGUCACCUCAGGAGAGGCCUCAGUCUCUGGUCACAGCAUUUUAUCCAACAUCCUGGACGUCCACCAGAACAUGGGAUACUGCCCACAGAUUGAUGCCGUAGAUGAUCUGCUGACAGGUAGAGAACAUCUGCACCUCUAUGCCCGCCUCCGGGGAGUUCCUGAGUUGGAGAUCAGCCGGGUUGCAGAGUGGGCCAUCCAGAAGCUGGGUCUGUUAGAGUACGCAGGCCAAAGCGUCGGGACCUACAGUGGCGGCAACAAGAGGAAACUCUCCACAGCCAUCGCCAUGAUCGGCUGCCCCGCCCUGGUGCUGCUGGAUGAGCCCACGACAGGUAUGGACCCCCUCUCCAGACGCUUCCUGUGGAACUCCAUCAUGAGCGUUAUCCAGGAUAGACGAGCUGUGGUCCUCACCUCACACAGUAUGGAGGAAUGUGAGGCGCUGUGUACCCGCUUAGCGAUUAUGGUUAAUGGAUCCUUCAAGUGUCUGGGAACCAUUCAGCAUCUUAAGUACAAGUUUGGUGAUGGCUACCUGGUGACCAUGAAGAUCAGGGCAGCCAAGCCCGGGUGUGCUCCAGAUCUGAACGCUGCUGAAGCCUUCAUGGAGAGCACGUUCCCCGGCUGCAUCCAGAGAGAGAAACACUGCAACACUCUGCAGUACAAGAUCUCCUCCUCCUCCCUGGGGAGGAUCUUUCAAAUGGUCCUGGCUAACAAAGACGAGCUCAAGAUAGAGGAUUACUCGGUGUCACAAACCACUCUUGACCAGGUUUUUGUGAAUUUCGCCAAGCAACAGUCAAAAGAGGAUGACAUCAUUGUGUUGCAUCCAAAAGCUGCCGGAGCACAGCGAUAUGAUGAAGCCACACCCUUCAAGGCUUUGGGGAAGUGAACUCAUCUCACUGAGCCCAAUUGGAAGACUUCCUUUGGUUUUCGUUUCCUUUUAGAAGCUGCUGUGUCUAAAGAAUGCGCCCUCUGUGUGUGUGUGUGUGUGUGUGUGUGUGUGUGUGCUUCAAGGACUGAAAGCUAGUUGGCAGAACUUUCUCCUCAGCGGAGACAAAGUAGAGGAUUCUCUGGAGUGUCAUCAUGAGGUCCUGCCUAGAGUCAAGCGACUGGUGCGGGAUCAGUUUGGGGAUCCUAAAAACACAGAAGAUGAAUCGCUUUUCUCAUCUGCAUUUGGAGAAGCCUUUGGAAAGAGGCUCUACUGUGGAUCUACUGUGCGGUGUUAAGAUCUGAAAUGCAGUGUGUGAAUGAGGCCGCCCUGUUGAUGGGACGUGACACAUGUCGUGUUUGACCGAUGAACCGACGCGUGGAAAUACUUUGCUUUUCCAGUAAAUGGGGUUAGUGGGCUUUGAAUUUGGAAAGUGUGGCGCAUUUAUUCACCUGCUGUGUGUUCCACGUUCUGCUCACCUUGUAGGCCUUGCAAACUAAAUGAAACGGCUUGAGAUUUAUGACCAGCACCUUGACUUUGAUUGAUGACAUGUCAAAAACGUUAUAUAUCGGGGUUUAAUGGGAAUGUGACGAAAGCAUUGGUCCUGUGUAUUUUUGAUUCAGAUGCCAAGCAAGAUAAUCCUUUUUUGCCUUCAGUAGAUAUGUGUAAUAAUCACUCGCAGAAGCAAAGCCGUAGCACUUUAUUGAGGCAGCUUUACCUGAAGCUUCAUAAUUCUUAUACGAAGAUGUUCUGCUAGUGCAACACAACUAAUGAUUUUGCUCUUGCUGCUAUGUAAUCAUUUUUCUAUUGUGUGAUAUUUUCUUGCCACCAAUGUCUUUGCGCUUAAUUAUACACAUGUUCAAGUUUGGUAAACUGUCUGCAUUCCACCAGCACCUGGCGUGGUCAGAGGAACUCACCACCUGAUGUUUCUGAGAGGGUAUCAUGUCAGAUAAAGUACACACUUUCUGUAAGAUAUGGGCCUUUCCCCCCCAGACACUCUAUUUGAUUUGUUUUACUGGAAAAAAGCUUGAUAUUAUUCAAAUUUGUACAAUUUUUACAGUUUAAUAAAACCUGAGAUGAGACAGUCA